UAUUACGGCCACAUCCGAUUCGAGCGCAAAAGUGUUUCAAUAUUUCGAAUGAGUUAUUAAGGAAGGAUUUUAAUUAAAAUGUAUACAUAUUUUUAAAUAGAUCACGGUUGAAAACAGCAAAAUAACUCCCGAAUCUCCAGAACAGUUUCAAUACAUUUUUUAAUGCGUAUGCUGGAUAAUGUCGACAAAAUCGUGAAAAGUCUGCUAAGCAACGGAUGACGCAUUUAAUAUAAGCGUCAACUAAUUCAACUAAUCCAGCUACCUAAAAACGAACUAAGCUAAUUAAAUACCACUUUCAUCGAAAUACGUUGCCAUGCAUAUAUACGAUAACUCAUAAAACAGCUGUACCGUAAAAGAUAAGUUUAUAGCUGGUAUGUAACCUAUGCGGAAUAAUGUCCAUUUUGUGGGCGGCUCCGGAUCUUCAUCAUGGCCACCAAGGAAAAUGUCUUCGUUUUACUUCUCUCGUUCGCCCAGAAUCUAAAUAUGGUAUAGCGUCUUUAUUUCCGUUUUUCAGUUAAAUAUUUAACAUGAUUUAAUGUAGGCCUAUUUCUAAUAAGAUGUGCCCAUACGCGGGGCUGUUGACAUUUAAACAGUAAAUUAUACUAGGCGGGUAUUCGAUUUUGCGGUUGCGAUGAUCGUAAAACCCAGUAAAGCUGCUUCUCCGUCGAUUCUCAUCUUAAUCGCGAAUAGCUAUAUUCCGCUUCGGAAGUGACUAAACGUUUAAAGAAACGCGUGUGACAUUUCCGCGAAAGCGCAGGUAGAAACCCUACGUAUAUUUGGGGUUUCCCGUUUCCACCCAUUUCCGUGUCGUGUAGGAAUUAUUUAGUGGAGACCCCGUAUAGACUUUCUGAAAAUGUUUGUAAGGACUAAGCUACCGGAGCUCCGAAACGUGUACUUUUAACCUUCUUGGACCCGCAAUGACCGACGAACAGUGCCAGACAAUCAAUCGAGUUGUGGAAGAGCUGAACCAUGAGGAGCGCCGUAAACUGGCAUAUCUGUGCGGAGAUCUGGAGCCCGAAGGCUGCGUGGAGGACCUGCGGGGGAAGCUGAGCUCCCUGACUCUCGACGUCCGGGUGGGACCGCUAAUUCUGCUGGAGCUCAUGCUAAAGAUGGGACGCUUUGACAUCUUAAAGAGGAUACUGGGAAGAAACAGGCAGGAGGUGGAAGGGCUGCUGGAAAACGGCUGUGUAGUGUCGGAUUAUAGAUUGCUGAUGGCAGAUCUAAGUGAGAAUUUGGGUAAAGAAGAUUUGCGUUCCCUUAUAUUCCUGCUGAGUGAGAUCCUGCCAAAGGGAAGACAGGAGACUGCUACAUCUUUUCUGGACGUGGUGGUUGAGUUGGAGAAGUUGAACAAGGUCUCCAGUGAGAAGCUGGAACUCAUCGAACAGUGUCUGAGGAACAUUCGCAGAGCGGAUCUUGCCAAAAAGGUCCAGCGGUAUCAGAUGAAAGUAGUUUUUCCCCAGAUUAAAUUUUCUGAGCUGGGCUUACCUAAUGGUCCAACUGAGCGUGACAUUUUUACUUUCGCUUGUUCAGGGACACAACAUGUUAGAAUGUCAAGCCCAAGGGUAGAGCCCAGCCCGGGAAUUGCCCGUUGCCAGACGGUACAGAGCUCCGCCCCCAAGCUUCAUGCCCCAUGUCUGCAACCAAUCAGAGCCAACGCUCCAGAGAAUGUUAAAAUGUCAGUUCCUGAAACAGGAAGACAGUAUUGUCAGGACCCCUUGCAGACCUACCGGAUGCAGGCUAACCCCCGAGGUGUAUGCGUGAUCAUAGACUGCGUAGGCCAUGACGGAGACAUGCUGGAGCAGGCUUUCGAGCGACUGCACUUCAGUACGAUCCAGCACAAGUGGCCGAAUGUAGCUGAGAGCAGGUCCAUCCUGAGGAUGGUGUCCCAGAGGCACCGUGAGCUCCAGGAAUCUGAUGCCUUCGUCUGCUGCAUCCUGAGCCGUGGUCAGGGUAACAGCCUCCUGGCCACGGAGGAGACUGGCCCGGGUCUGAGCCUAGAUGCUGUCCAGCGGUCCUUCUCCACGGAGGCCUGUCCAGGCCUGGCAGGAAAACCGAAACUCUUUUUCAUCCAAAGUUACACCGUGGACGCAGGUGCACCGGCCUUUCAGCAACACCGCGAUGACGACCUGGAAACUGACGGGCCCUCUGUCUCCGCCUACAUGGAGUCCGUGCCUUCGGGCGCGGACGUCUUCUGGAGCCACUGCAGCACUGAACACCGGCAGCUGGAGGAGGGCACACACAGUUCUGUGUAUUUACGCACCCUGUGUGCUGCCUUGCUGAACGGGCAGAAGAGAAAGCGUCACCUUCUAGACAUUCACACAGAAGUCAACUCUGUCAUCUAUGAGUACAACCGGUGCAACGUGGGGAAGGCCUACAGUCUCAGUCUACGGCAUACACUACGAAAGGCUCUCUUCCUGCCCUGAAGCAGAUCCGAGCAACCAUUUGUAAAGUGAACACUAAUUCCUAAUCUAGUCACAUCCUAAGGUGUGUGAAAUAUAUUUAACAUGCAGAAAACUGCAUCAUACUUUUAUUAUCUUUAUUUUUAUCAUCUUUUAUUAUCUAUGUAGUUAGCAUGGUCACCUCACAUCUCUUGGGCCAGGGUUCGAGUUUUUGGCUUAGCUCUGUGUGUGCAGAGCUGUGAUGUUUCCUUUGAGUACUCUAGCUUCUCCCCUCAGUCCAAAAACACGCUAAGAUUAAUUACAGUUGCCAAACAAGUAAUUUUUUUAACUUUUAUUUAUUGAGUUGAACAUGGGACUUUACAAAAAUUUAGGUGAAUUAAAAAAAGUUGAAUUGGUA